AUGCUGAAGGUGGCGGCCACCGCCCGUUGCGAGUACUUCAAGUCGGUGGAUCGGACUGAUAACUUUCAGUCUUGGUUCUGUCACGAGGAUGACUUUCCGGCGAGCAGCAGCUAUGAAGCCUAUCUGCAGCGGAACAUUGAGAUGCUUGCGGACUUCAGGAUGCGGAAGUCCAACUGCAGCAACGCGACGGCCGCGCACGGCAGCAAGCAGGUGGAGUGCUCCGGGCACCAGCAGCAGGCGGCGGCCAAGGAGAUGGCGUGUGCCCACCUGACGCCAACAGCCAUGCCGAUCGAUUGCAGCUCCUAUUUGGCCAAGAAGCAGGCCUGUGCCAGCUACCUGAACUGCUAUGCUCAGGCGCAGGGCGAGGUCAGCAGCACCAUCUCCACCGCGAAGCAGUUGGCGGACAGUCUCAAGGUUCAGUGGGCCGCUUUGAAGAAGAUCGAGUGUUUGCUGGACGUGAUCUUGGCCGCUGGAGAUCAGGCGGCCAUGCAGGCCUGCGUGGACGCCACGCACGACACGUCCGCGCUGAACAUCAUUGCCCCGGCGAACCCGCCGACGGAGGCCUGUGAUGCGGGCGUUCCGCCCACGGGCUGCCCUGCUUGA